AUGUAGUGCGGCGGGAAGAGUCCGACAGCUGACGGUCCGGUCCUGGUACUACACUUCCCAGAGAGCACCGGGAGAAUCUGCUGCAGCUGCUGUUGUGGGACAGCUGAUUUCUGAGUGCGGGAACGUAGAAGUUGGGCAUCAUGGAGGAUACCCCUUCGUCCCAGGUGUCGUGUGUCAGCUUCCUAAAUGUGGCUCACACCUACGUACCAAAUACCAAAGUGGAAUGCCACUACACCUUGUCAGCCGGUAUGAAGGGUUCCACCAGUGACUGGAUCGGCAUCUUCAAAGUUGGUGCUUCCUCUAUACAAAACUAUGACACCUUUGUCUGGGCAGUGUCUUCAGAUGCACCAGCAGAUGGAUCAGCAUCCCACUGUAGUGUGCAGUUUCAAGCCUAUUAUCUCCCACCUCCUGGGGAGCAGCAGUAUAACUUCCGUUAUGUGGAUCAGCAUGGCAUUGUGAAAGGAGUUAGUGACUCUUUUGUGAUCAGUGAGCCACGGCCCAUAGAAGACCUGGUCACCUUGGAGGAUGAAGAUGCAUCACUGGACAUGAUCUUGGUGGUCCCAAAAGCUACUUUUUUGCAGCAACAGCUGGAGGUGUCACAGCAGGAGCGAAAUUAUCUCAUGAGAGUGAGACUUGCACUGGAAGAGGAGGUGAGCUCUCUAAAGAAAAAAAUCAAGCAGCUAGAGGCUGCUCUGGAGACGUCUGACAAUGAGCGCGCCAUUCUCAGCCGCCAGUACCAGGAGCUCUCCAUGAGAGAACAGAUAGUAAGGGAGGAACGUGAUGACCUGAGCAGCAAGGAAGCUGAACAUCAAGAUCAGAUUCUACAACUUGAGGGUGACAUCCACGUUAUGAGCUUGAAGUUGCUGGAAAAGGAGAAGGAUCUUGACAUGCUGGGGACAAGAAAUGCUUCACUUGACGCAGACAGAGAGGAGUUAAAGCAACAUCUUACAGAGGCCACUUCUGAGCUGGAGCACUGCCAGCUGCAGAAGGACACACUGCGGGAAAAGCUGCGCUGCACAGAGGAUAUUCUCUCAGCAAGCCAGCAGAAAGUGAUGCUGUUGGGGGAGGAGCUAGCUACAGUCUCUUGCAUCCGAGACCGCACCAUCUCUGACCUUCACAAAAGUCGCCUAGAGACCGCUGACCUUGCCAUCAAAGUAUCCAACCUGAGUCUGAGAUAUAAGGAGGGAAUGGGACAGUGGUGGCAGGAGAAGGCUGCACUGAAUCACAGUAUGGAGGCCAAGAGGGACCAGAUAGUAAAUUUGAAAGCAGAGAAGCUGAAUUUGGAAAGCAACCUAAAUGAGGAAAGAAGCCAGAGGCAGACACUUCAGUGUAAGCUAAACCAGGAGAAAGAUGCCAGUCAGGUGCAGUUGUCAGAGAGCAGACGAGAGCUGAGCGAGUUGAAGUCUGCCCUGAAGGUGGCACAGAUGGAAAAGGAGCAGCUGAAAGAGGAGAGACAGGAGAUAAUGCAGUAUGUGAGGAGGCUGGAGGAACGUCUGGACAAGCUUGCUGAUGAGAAAUGGAGAGAAGACAAAAUGAUUGAAGAAGAGACCUCAGCAGGAUUUAGUUCAUCAAGUUCACCACUAGGUCUCCCCGACUCAGAUGAUGAGACUGUUGAAAAUAAGAUGCCACCUAUGCAAGAAGAUUUGUUUACAAUCUCUCCUACCUUGCCAGCGUUUCCACAAGAACCCCGGAGGGUGGUGAUCAACCAGCCUGCAUCAAUUUCCUGCCAGCUGCAGCCACUGCCCGAGGACAGCUCAGACUCUUGGUAACCUCUAGCUCUCCAAAUUCAGUCUGAUAGGACUGUGUGGUAGUAAUGCCCUGUGUAAAGAGAGAGAGAAGCUGGAAGAUGCGAGACUCUACAUUUCUUCUGAAGCUCUUGCGAUAUUUCACCUAUUAGUGAAAAUCCGGUGUCGCCCCAUGCCUGGACCCCACCAUUAUGCAAUUACUGGACUCAGUAAGAUAACUGUUUCUUUUUUAACCGGCCUUUGAGUGGACUUAGGCGCUAUUUCUUCUUCUACCUUCUAAGAGCCAUUUUGUGUGUAAAUUGUUCUUUCAUAUUCCCAGUUAAUGUUUUCUUAUUGCAAUAAUAUGGAAUAUUCACUUGACUGUAUAUUAUGACAGCUAAUGUUGGGUAACCUCUAAAUUGUAAAUGGAGACUAAGUGUGCAUGGCGACAGUGGUGACUACAGGUAAAGUGCCUAAAGCACAGCAUUAGACUAUCGGAAGUACGCAAAGAAACUUGUCUCUCUUAGCAAUAAUAUAAGUGUGAUCAGUAGACAUAAGGCAAUGACCUGGCCACCUCUACGUAAUAUGUUCUGUGUAAAGGGCCCUACUCACUGGCCGACCCGCCGCCGAGCUGCCCGACGGCGGAUACGGCCGACGAGCGACCCGGCGGCGGGGGGGCAGUGACGGGGGGAGUGAAGUUUCUUCACUCCCCCCGUCACGCGGCUGCAUUGAAGUGCAGGCAAAUAUGGACGAGAUCGUCCAUAUUGGCCUGCAUGCACAGCCGACGGGAGACCAGCGAUGAACGAGCGCGGGGCCGCGCAUCGUUCAUCGCUGGAGUCUCCACACUGAAAGAUAUGAACGAGUUCUCGUUCAUUUAUGAACGAGAUCGUUCAUAUCUUUCUGAAAAUCGGCCAGUGUGUAGGGCCUAUAACAGAAUAAUUUUUCUUAUAAUUUCAAGCAUUUCUAGAACAUUUUCUUCUGUUAUUGGGAACGUUUCCGUGCUCAGCACUAGAUCAAUGAGAACAGCAUUGGACAGGGAAAGGAUAAUCAUCUAACAACAGGCACUGUCACCCUGGCUGCCUUCCCAGCAGUGUCCAGUGAUGGGUACGCCGACCUGCGAAUGUGCUGGCUUUGGUCACUGACAUUGCGCAGUAUCUCAGAUCAGAACGGGGUAAUAUUCCUCUAGUCUACUUACAACCAGCUGCUAAUUACAGAAGAGGGCCAGGCAUUAUUCCCAGGCUGAGCAGUCUAGAAGUAACAGCUGAACUUUAGGGAAAAAAACCAAUUGGGCCUGUUUGUAGUGAUCAGGAGAUUCUCAGUGCACAAAUGUAUGGUAAAGGUCUCAUUAGAGUAACCUUUCAAUAUUGGCCUAAUUAUGUUUUGAAAGCCAUGAUCUACUGCUCUUGGACAGUUGCGGGGGCGGCGUGUCAAAAAUGGGGGCGGUUCAGCUGUGUUUUCGGGGUGGUUGCAUGACGUCACAUGCAGCCACUCCGAUCUAAAAAUGGAGGCGGACCUCCUGCAUACACAGUCUAGCUACAGCUGCAGGAGGUCGUCCACAGUUGCUGCGACUGCAAUUAAAUUGCGGUCGCAGCAGCUGGGCAGGCCAUUCUACAUGGCUUUUGAGCAGAAUCUGCAAUCCGUACUGAAUAACCCCCUUAGAGUAUUUCCCUCAUACAAAUGUUGAGAUUUGUUCACCUCUGCCUGGGCAGUAUAUGAACCUGGGUUAUAGCAGGUGACCACCAUCUGCAUGUAUUUGCACCUGGCCUUGGGGCUAAUUCAGACCUGAUGGCUGCGUUUUCGUACAGUCUGCGAUCAGGUCUGAAUUGCACGUGCGUGUCGAUCCGCAAUGACGGGGAGCUCCUGGCAGCGACGGGAUGUACGAGAAAAGCGAUCGAACGGGUGAUUGCAAGAUGACUGACAGGAAGAGGGCAUUUGUGGGUGGCAACUGACCGUUUUCAGGGAGUGUCCGGAGAAACGCAGGAGGGUCCAAGCGUUUGAAGGGAGAGUUUCUGAUGUCAGCUGCGGCCCCGAUCAUCGCACUGGAAGAGUAAGUCCUGGGCUGUGCAGAGACGUUUGUGCAGCUCUCUGCACAUGCGAUCGCACCCCUGCACAGCGAAUCCCCCCUCCCCCUGUAGGCAGCGACUACCUGAUCGCUGGGAUGCAAAAAACGCACCCUAGCGAUCAGGUCUGAAUUAGGACUCUCGUGUAGGGUCUGCAUGUGCCGCAUUAGCGUGAACAUUCCUUUAAUGCGCUUGGUCAUCAUCAGCCUGCCCCACCUAUCCAAUCACAAACAGGCCAGGCACAUACAAUCGGCAGUGGCACAUAUGCAUCCUUUGUCCUUGUGUCAUUUCAAAUUUGCACAAUUUAAAUUCCGAAACCGGAGUGAGUUCAGCUCAGCAUCAGGCUCUAUGUUACUUUUUUACUUUAGUACAUUUCUAUAUUGACUAUGUUGCUGUGUGCAUAAUUAUGCAUUUGAUGUGUGGGGUAUAAACACAUACACGAAGUCCACACUUUCUAAGCUACAUUUACUCCAUUCACUGACCCCAGUAACAAGAAUGCUAACACAUUUCUACUGUCACAGGUGUAGAAAGAGUGCAGUAACCCAUAACAACCAAUAACACAUUAGCUUUCAUGGGUCUAACUUGCACUAGACGGCUCAGAAUUCAUUACUGUUUGCUUUAGGCUGCUGCACUUCUGCGGCUAUUCAGCUAAGGCAGCCGGGGUAGAAUUGGCCAUAGGGCGCAUCAGGAAUUUUAUGUUCUCUUACUUUUUUAUCUUGCUGGUGGCAUAAAGUUGGAGAUGGGGGAGAGUCCGGACUUACUGAGGACAGGUGUGGAUCAUUGAGUCGAUGAGAAAUAAUAUGGUUGACAUGAAGUAGGUCGACUGGGCCAAAAGGUCGACAGGGUCAUUAGAGCGACAUGGAACAGGUACAAGAGGUCGACACAGUGAAAAGAUGAAAAUGGCAGUGGUCGACACAGGUGGGGGGUUUUGUGUCAUUUUGUAUGUUUAACCAUAUAUAAGUGAAAUUAUUGUCAACAUGUACACUCGCCAUGCUUCAGGCAAGGUGCUUCGCUCCUCUACCGCUGUGGUACUAUUCCCCAUCAUAAUCCAUGUGGAUGGUAAAUGUUGAAAACAUUGAAAAAAAAAACAACUUGUGUUGACCAUAUGUGUGUCGACCAUUUGAACCAGCCAUGUCGAUCUAUUGUACCUGACAACCAAAUGCAUAUCAACUAUAUGGGGUGGACCUAACGACUGUCGACCUAUCAUCUGAAACCCACGGGGAACAGUCCCUUGCCUAGAGGGGGAUGACCCCAUCAGUGAUGUGUGUCAGAGCGUCCCGCCAUGCCUGUAUUCUCGCAGGAUAAGUCUUUAUUUGGCAAGCUUCCCAUCCAGACAGAGAUCCACUCUCUGCUGCACCGGAGCAAGGAAACAUAAACUGAGCUCUGGGGCGUCAGCUGGACCCUGGUACGGGUGACAUUCACUCAGCUCUAUACACUGCUCUCUGAGCAAAUCAUCUUGUGAUGUCUCCAACCACAGGAAGACAGCCGGGACAGACUUCCUCCCACCUGUAUAAACAUCUCGUCACCUGUACAAUGGGAGGAUUAGAUUUGUUUUACAUAGAUUUUAUUUUCAAAGUGAUCUUUGUGUACAUCCUUUCAUGAUAUAUCUACAUUUAAUCUGUCACAUCUCCUCUCCUCUCCUCUGCUUUUCAACCUAUGUGCUAACUGUGUCUAUUUUCAUUGUUUGUCAUUUUACCCAAAAUUUUUGCCAGUUUUACAAUAACAUUCAGUAAAGUGGAUUCCUUUUAUAUUAUGUAUCCUUACUCUGCUGUAUAUUAGGUCAGUGAUUUGCUCUCUCAGGGUAUACCUACCAGCCAUACCCCGCAACAUUUGUUAGAUGAACUUCGCUAUCGCCAAUCCCUCAACCUCGCCUGGUCCGGCACCCCAGUUUUUAUUUCUUUGCAUUCAUUAGACACGUGGUACAGCACAAUACUUUAUAGUCGGUUUUUUUUUGUGUUUAAGGUCCACCUACUGUCACAUGCUCCGAUUUGCAGUGCUGUAACUCCUCCUACUUGUGCGUGUCGCUUUGCCUGCCCUCCCUAUUUCUAGGGAUAAUGAUUGGCUAAUCCGGUCUACUUUUAUGUUGGCCCUGUCUACAGUUUACGCCCACAUGAGGCCACGGCCAGAAUUUUUACCCAGAGCCACUUUAGGUUCCCAAGCCACACCUAAAGGCAGCAAUCCCACAUAGAUUUAUUUUUCUUUAAAGACAAAGUCAAGUACCUUUUUCAGCAUGCAAUUGAUAGUGCUUUAUAGGUGGAGAGCUAAUAAACUGAUUAUCUCCGUUUUAUAAUUCCUUUGGUUGGCAAAAAAAUGGCUGCCAAACACACUGUGUCUGGCAGCCAAUUGAGAGAAUUAACUCCCGUGUAAAGUUGCCGGCCGGGAGCUAAUUCAGUUACAGUAUUUGCAUGACCAGUCCCGCACUGGUCAUUACAGGUACAUUUACAUGCCAAAUGCACAUGAUUAUUCGCGUCAGUCAGGUUUUUCUAUGCCAAGUGCCGGAAGUACUGCAGUUUUGGCACGCCCAGGCCAAAACCUUACUUUAUGCGGCUUUCUCCUCGCCCCACAGGAGGGUGUGAGCAGAUAUCCGUGAUUAGUGCAGCCUCGGGACUGGGCACCCAAAACAAUUGAAUUAGCUCCCGGCCCCUUUAAAUAGGGACUAUGUCUCUCAAACAAAUGAAUGGCCCCCAGUGAGUCUGCUACACACGCAAAGGAACAAGGUUCUCAGAGGCGAUAUUUAUGUAGAGGCAGGCUGAUUAUUAAUGAUCAUUGGAAGGUUAACGUGUGAGUGUAGAUUUAUUUUAGAAUGGCGGGAUAAUAUUUCAGUUAACUUUAAUAUCCAUUUUCACAUUAAGGAUUACUUUCAAUUUCCUAAUUUCAAUUGGACAUCAUAUUAAAAAUGACAUAAACAAUGCCUAUUCCUUCACAUGCAGUAGGCUUGCGUAUUUGUGGGCAGGUUAUUGCUCGGUAGAGGGAAACAAGUCUGCUGUAUUCAUAGUAAGUCUGGCUUCUGGCAGCUCUGUUUCAUUGCAGUCUAUUACCUAAUAUUUCACUUCAGCCAACCGUUCUCUCAUAAUAAUAAACAGAACACAUAUUCCAAGAAAUAAGGUUCUCUGUGUAAAAGUGACAUGCCCACAGGUUUUACUGCACAGUUAUAGAAUUAUAUAAAGAAAAUAAACUUUUAAAAUGGGGGUAUAAUUCCCUUUUAAAGAUAAACAGCAACGCCUGACCAUAGAGGAGCAGUGGUUGGGUAAAGCUGUAUUGCAGUGAUUGGAGAAUGCUUAUGGCAUACUUAUCAACUUUGGAUGGCUGAGCUUUGGGAGAGCAGUGGGGAGGUAGGUCCAGGAAGCCGAGGGUGGAGGUGCGAAACAGCUAAUCACAUCGCAGCAGCCCUGCCCUCUGCAAUUGGUUUUUGCAUAUUAUCACUGAGGGCAGGGCCAUGAUGAUGCAAGUCUUAGUGAAACGUGUCAUCACACCCUCUCAAUCAUUUCACAUGAGAAGUGGUGUGAUGCUGAUGGAGCUGGGGAGAUUCUCCCCCCAAAUUCAGAAGACACCUGGAAAUCCCAUCGCAGUGGGCAUGUGUGCUUUAUACUUGUGAUAUAUAGAAGGGGCUGGCAGUAUAAAGGUAAAGUGGGUGAUGAUGCCUGCUACACAGGGCAGCCAUCAGGGGGGGACUGGUGUCCCGCGCCCAUACAGAGAGAGGGGCUCAUCCCUUGCUCCUACCGCUGAUUCCUGGAGAGUUGCACCAGGUGUGUAAAACAACAGCGGGCUGAUGCGCAGGGGUGACUUCUUAAAGCAGUGACUUCUUAAAGCAAGCCUUCCCUGUGCAUUAGCUCUCUGUGAAUCAUUCCUGUAGGUCCGUAACGCUCCAACCAAAUGUAACUUAGUGGGACAUUUACUGAGCAGUGAUAAGAGCGCAGAAGUCAGCCAGUGGAGAAGUUGCCCAUGGCAACCAAUCAGCACUGAAGUAACAUCUAGAAUUUGCAUACUAUAAAAUUAUACAGGGCUGCUGAUUGGUUGAUGGGGCAACUUGUCCACUGGCUCACUUCUCCGCUCUUAUCACUGCUUGCUUAGUAAAUGUCCCCCUUAAUGAUGUAUGACAUCACAUAGGGGUGGAGCGGUGCAGCAGAAUCUUUUUUUUUGGAGGGGAGGGCCCUGUCUAUUCUGUCAGUCCCGGGCCCCACAAUUUCUGAUGGCAGCCCUGCUGCUACAUACUCAUACUGUCUUUUGUAUAGCGUGCAGUUGUGAGCAUUUAUGAAACAGCUUUGCGACCAAUAAGACAUUUACUUUUAUUUUCCAAAAUGUGCUAGAAAAGAUCAGCUAAAAUGUAAUGCAGAUACUGAUCUACCAGUAUUCAUACACUUCCCUCAUUUUCUUUAUUGCCAGGGCAUGAGAUUGCAUAUGUAUCUGUCUAUAAACAGCAGCCGCUGAAAACAAAAGGAGAACUUGCCAGUUAAUUUAUGCAGUGUAAGUCGUGAUUAAUUGCUUUGGUGGAAAACAUUGAGCUCUUUUCUGAUUUACAGAUACAGUAAAUAUGCCAUAAAAAUUCAUACAGAUUGUAACUAUGGGUCAUCAAUCCCCUCAGUGUUUUAAUUAGCUAAGGGUAGUGCCAUUCAUUCAGCAGGAGAGCAGAACACUCUGUGCUGAUGGCCAGAUGACAAAGACCACAGUAACACCAUAAAGAAACCAGGAGAGCCCCAAUUGUCAGACAGAAUAUACUUGUACUGCGAAACCACUUAUAGAUCUUUCACUGGUGAUUUAUCUGGUGAACUGGGAGACUGGUGGAGAUGGCAGCCGUGGACAACCUGCAUAAAUCCUAUAUUUACAUAGAUACUUAACCAGUGUAAAUAUUGGAUAGGGAUUAAUGUGCUGCUACUCUUACAGCUCCCCAUCUGUUACACUAGCUUACUUGAUAUUUUAAUUGUGAAACCUCAAUUAUGCAUGAAUGCAUAUGUAGGUUGCAUCACAUCAAGACCACUAUAAUCACCUUAAUCUGUGCAAAAUCUGACACUAUCACCCAGGAAUUCCUAACAGUAAGUCAUUUUCUGUAGCCACUAGCCAUGCAGCAGCCACUGUAGGGUCUCUGAUGAAUUUUUACUAGCUGUGUGGUGACCACAUGGGAAAUGAUUCACUGCUGGUGGAGAAAAAUGGCUGUAAAUGACCCAUUAACAAGCACACACAAAAGUCGCAUGUUUCCAGCCAUAUGCGCAGCUCAAGAUGUGUACCUUUCACCGACCGUAUCAUGUGCGUCUGGGUGAUGGCAGGCAUACAUCACAGACACUUAUUGUAAGUCCCAUUUGUUAACCAUGUCUCCCGUGUGCUGCAAACGCAUUCACUUUAAUGCAUCAAUUAACCGACAAAGCCUCUGUAAAGCCUCUGUAUCACGUGGUGACAGAAAAAAAUAGCUCAAAAAAGCAUAAUCACCAGUCCGUGUCAGCGGAGCGUUUGCAAACAGCUAAGUGAAAUAAUUUCACUACUGCUGGCAACCAUCUACAUCAUCAGCUGCUAUAUGCUCCUCCACUGACCAACAAUACAUAAUACGCCUGUCUCUGGCGUGUAUGUGUGGCUUCCUUAGUCUGCAUGUCUUCGCAUUUGUGCAAACCUCACUGUACUCAGACUAUAGGGGGAGAUGGAUAAGGCAGUGAAAAGAGUGGAGAAGCUGCCCAUGGCAACCAAUCAGCUUUGUAGUAACAUAUCAAGUACAUUCUUUAAACCUGUAGGGAGCAGCUGAUUGGUUGCCAUGGGCAACUUCUCCACUGGCUCACUUCUCCACUCUUUUCACUGCUUCCUACAUCUACCCCUAUAUGAGAACAGCCCAUGCCACCACCAUCCUGCCAAUCCGGCAAUAAGGAUUUCUUUAGCAUGCUCAGCUUAAAUGCACACAAAAUACUCGGUCAAGUAGCUCACUCUACGUCAGUGUUGUAUGCAACUUGUGGUGCUACCACCCCAAUGGGCUAAUUCUGAGUUGUGCGCAGAGUGGCUGUAUUAGCAGGCUGCCACAGAAGCUAGAUUUACUACCUGGUGCUAAUGCCAGAAUCCAUAGGGCCAAUAUGGGGGUUCAUGGGUCUGCAAGUGGGACGCCAUGCUGCCCAUUAAUUUUAUGCCAACCACCACAACCAUCAUGAUUAGUAUUGGCACUUGCACCAACACACUUGUCCAAGACUAAAGCUGGGUAUACCCUGGACCAGCUAGUCCCGCAUCCAGCCAUCGCGCAGACAGAGAGGCUGAUUAGGUAAGCUAUAUACACUUACCAAUGGACUGCUCGAUGUGUCAGUCCUUUCAUGACAGCUGGGUGGGCAUUUGAAUUUUCCCGGCCAUCUGUGACGUCCGUCCCUGCAGCCAGUAUACGGGCACACAGCCGAUGCGCUGAUAUGAUCUGGCCACAUUUCUCUUACCCGUGAUUAUUCAUUAUUGCAGGUCAUUUGCGGUGGCUAGCGUUCCCGCGAAAGUGCACGUGCUGCGUAUGCACCUGCAACUCAUAGGAUUGCAUGAUGCGACGCUCCCACUCAUUCGCGGGUAAGAUGAGCAUAGAUAGGUCUGUAUCUGCACAUAUUUCAGACAGUGUCUGUGUUGCAGGGCCGACGUGAUAUGUCUGUGAACAACGUCGUUCACAGACCUAUACGGUGUACACACCCGCCGAUCCGCAAACAACAUAUAGUCCUUUCGUUAGAACAGAUGAUAUAUGGUCAAGUGUGCAUCCAGCUUAAGAAUCUCACAGAGGUGUAGAUACCCACAGGACAGGGCGCUUCCUUUCACUCGAGUUUUGCAUGAAACACCCAAUUUCAUGGCAAGACCUUUCUGGCCAAGUUCAGCUCUGAAUAGGACAAACAUAAGCAGAAAUGCUGAAAACCACAUAUUCCGCUUGCUGAACUCCUCAUAACCUGCAGCUGUGCCAUCAUGCUGAGAACGCCUGUUACAGCCACGUUCCACCCUUAUAGUAAGUAUAGAUGCAAUGUAAGUGCAUGGGACUCUGCACUGACCCUAUUUGCGUACACUACACUCUGCAAACAGGCAUACAUAGAUCUCUGCAUUUUAAUUAAUACUGUUUUCAUUUAAUUGGCUCUCAUUUUCUGCAAAUUUUAUUCGUUUUUUUUCCACGUAUCUUGCGUUGUCUGACCACAGAUAAAGAUAGGACAUUGUGAUUCCUGAGACAUCAGCAGACUGCUCUAAUUGGAUUACUCUUAUUAUUAUGUUAGAUAUACUAACUGUGGCCUGUGACCUAUCACAAUGGAGUGUAGUAUUACUAUGCGCUAUCUAAUUUUAUAUCCUGUGCUUUCAGGACAUUUAUAAGCACAUACUUACACACUCAAUAAUGUCAAUUUUGACACAUUUUGUGAGUGCUAAAGGUACUUAUUCUCUGGCCUCAUGCCCCCUUGCAGAUCUAAAGACAUAUAUCAGAACCCUUUACUGCCCAAUUUGUCAAUGAUAAUUGAAGCCAAUUACGGUGUUGACAAGUCUGCAAAUAGCUUUAUAGUCACCUAUUGCCCAAGAGCAUUUCAGUGUGUACAUUCUCUAGUGGACAUGUUACCAGAUAUCUCUAUUUGUUGCUAUAUUUAUUCUUCCCAUCUGUUAUGACAAGUAGGUGAUGACACAUUGCUGACUACAGUGAUCUUUGUUAUAUGCGCACUAGACACGGAAGACUUCACACGCUCCUUUAAUGACCAUAGUAUAUGGUACAUAGUAGAUGUGCAGUGCAUUUAGUGUUGUCAAAAUAUGCGUAGUUACUUAAUGUGUGCAUAGGUGCACACCCAGAGUGGGACUAAUAACUCAUGGAGCCCUAGGCAAAAUACUGUGGCUACAAAGUAGCCGGUCAUGAAUUGGCACCCAGACAAGGGCCCACUUCUGGACGAGAUGCAAUCAAUUUGCUGGCAGUCAGGAUCCCAGCGGUCAGGAUACAGGCGCCGGAAUCCCGGUAGGCGACAAUACCGACAGCUGCAAUCCCAGCGCGUAGGGACUAUUCUCACUCGUGGGUGUCCAUGACACCCAUAGAGUGAGAAUAGAACCUGUGGUGAGCCCGCAGCGUGAUCGCACCAAACCCACAAGGGGACUUGUACCGCUUGCCCCGCUGCCACCAUUUUGGCGGGCAGGAUGCCGCUGUCAGGAUCUUAACAGCCGGCAUCUCCUGGAAUUAGUAUAUAUUCCCUUCUGGCCAACCCCUUCCCAAUAACACAGCAAAUACUAGUUACCUAAUGUUGGCAGCUGUCACUCCGCUGCAGAGGGCUGUCCUUGGCUCUGACAUACAGCUCUAUUGAAAACAUUCCAUACAGCCUAACGGACACAGGGGGUAAUCCAGCAUUCAGCGCUGCAGCGGCAGCGAUCGCAGUCUGAAUUACUAUGCGCAGGGCACACUGCGCAUGUGCGGCUAGUGAGGUGCGAAAGCAUCUCACUGGUGCAACCGCCUCUUCCUGAUCGACAGGCAGAGGCGGUCGUGGAAAGGGAGGGGCGUGCCAACAGCGUUAGAACACCAUUGGCGGGGGGCUGUCCGGACAAUGGAGGCAUGUCCGGACUGCUGGGGAGGCAGACACGGUGGCUACGUGAUGUCACACGCAGCUGCUGUGACCUGGAACGUGGCGAGUAGUGGCCUGCCAGCGCGCAGGAGCUGCGCUGGCAGGAAGCUACUCGUCAGGUACAAAAGCAUCGCCGCCGUGCAAUGUUUUUGUACCUGUGCGGUGGAGGAGGGGCGGGGGGGGUAGGGCCUGACAUGCGGGGCGGACUAUCCCUGUCCUGGACGUCCCCUCGCAUGUCAGAGUAACUGAUCAUAGAUGUGCUAAAUUUAGAACAUCUACGAUCAGAUCUGAAUUACCCCCAAGGUCUGGAUGUCCUGUAAAGUGAUUCUUGCUCCUAAUCAUCACCAUCACUGCACAUAUGCAGCUACAUUAUGCAGGAAAAGUGACCAGCUUUUCCCACGGCUUGGCUCAAGGCACUCGGGUGGAUGACACCUUUAACAUGGGUGUUAUAACAGGGAUAAUACCUUAUAAAGAUUGUAUGAUAUAUUGUAUCACUAGGUGUCACCAGUAAUGUGAUCCAGUACGUAUAGUAUUCCAGAGAUGAUUAUUAGACCCUGCUCUUUAUAAUGCACAGUAACUAAGGUGAUAUCUAUUCAUGAAGCAGUGACCAGUUAUUUUUUUUAUUAUUAUUUUUAAGAUCUAAAAUGUGAGUCCCCAGUUCUGUACAUAUCACAGUCCAAAAAUAAAAACCAACAAGAAAUGCACAUAUAUGCUAAUUGUAACCAGUAAAUAUUUUUCAUGUACUCCAGGGUUUUUCACUGUGUAUUGUGUGUACCCCCAGAAGUAUCUCAUUCAAUGGGUAAUUCUUCCUAAAUCUAGCCAAAUGAUCAGUUUACUAUAUACAGUAAGUAAAAAGAAAACAAAAGGAUACACAAAAACUGUGGCAACAUUUGCUAAAUACUUACUCAUGUGUCCUAUUAUUAUAUGUAAAUGAACACACAAAGGAAUACUUGGUAGCCUUUACAGAAAUGAUUAGACUGGGCCGGACAAAGUGGAAUAUGCACCUGUUAAUUGUAUUACUGGAUUGGAAAUUACUCGCUUCUUUGGGAGUAUUGAGAUGUUGGGCAACAGUGUUCUCACUUUCUUGCAGCCUGAAUACAAGAGAAUAAGGAGUAAAUAUUCAGCUCCUCAUACGCUUUUAUGUAAGCAUUGGAAGGCUAACAUUGUUUUCAGCACAUUUUGCCUCUAUUUCUGUCCUUGGCUCCCACUGAUGAGCACGGCUGCCCAGGGAAUGUUUCCUUUGCAUUUUGAAUCCGUCCACAUUUUGGAUGUUGUGCAUUUAUCCGAUUGUUUUGUGUUUCCUUUAGUAUUAUGUCUAGCGAGUUGGGUUAGGAAUAUCUUUUACAUUUUCUCCACGGCACUCCACCAUGUACCCAGUUCACUUAAGGCAAUGGUUCCCAAACUGGGUGCCACAGGGAACCUGCAGGGGUGCCAAGGGUCGGUAGUCCAUUAUCAAAUCAAAUUAUUUACGGUCCAUGUCAGGGACAUCACUAACCGUGGUGAAACCUGGUGCGGAUUAAAUACUCUGUGUGCCGCUAAAAGAGGGUGUGGCUUUGUGACCCGACCCCAGUUUUCAUCACUCGGGUGGUCCCGGAGAUGCUGAGCUCCCUUUGCAGUCUGUCUGUGGUGCCAGCUCCUGCACAGGAGAAAAGUGCUGCACGUAAUGUUACAGUGCCGCACCCGGAGGAGCUGGCAUUUCAGUGUCACCUCUCGGAGGGUGCAUAUCUGGUUGCGGACCCCCGUAAUGAUGCCACUGGUCCAUGUUAUAGGCAAAAUCAGAGCUGAUGGCUGCCAGUCAUAAAAUUGUGGACAGACAGACGUGCCACCAUGUCUACCACCACAUUACUGAUCCUACGGAAGGCAGGGAAGCACAGUUUUUUUUAACUUAAUUUAAUAAUUGUGCUGAAAUUCUCCCCUUUUCCACUAGCUCAAAAAACACGGGUAAAUGCACGGGGGCGCGCAUUUACCCGUGUUUUUUGCUAGUGGAAAAGGGUAAACCCGGAUCAAGUGAUCCGGGAAUCCUACCCUGGUAGCUAGCCGGGUUGAACACGUGUUCAACCCGGCUAGCUGUCUAGUGUGAACGGGAGCCGUGUCGAGGUGACACGGCUCCCGUUCACAGUGCAUAGGGAAGGCGGCGCUGGGAGAUCAUGUGAUCUCCCUGCGCCGCCCCUGCCGUGUCACUAGAAGCGUCACCAACCCGGCAUUUGCCGGGUUGUGACUGCUAAUGGAAAAGGGACCGAGCACGGGUCGCAGCAGGGGGCAGCUCCCGUGUCAGGCUCCCGGCUGCGACCCGUGCUCGUUAGUGGAAAAGGGGUAAGAAACUUUGACCUAGAGGCGACGUGAUUCAAGAAAGGUUUUCAAACCACUGACUUAAGGGGAAUCAAAUGUAAAAAUUUAGUUUCUUUUUCCUUUUACAGGUACAAGAAUAGGGAAACUGUAUACAUUUCAGCCCUUUUCUGUUCUGAAAACCACCUGGUUGAGACUGCACUCUUUGUAUCUCAUCUAAAAGCAUAUUAACCACUUUUAUGUGUACGUCACUGGCACAAGUGUCAUUACAGAGCAAACUGUAUUAUCUUUGCACAUGUCCCCCAGGUGUGUGUUCUACAGACUCUCUAAUUUCUCUUCUGCACUUAACACUUUGCUUUUUUAUAGCAGUGACAAUUGCAGAGUGUUUAAUUCCUAAUAUUACCACAUAGCUCUGCAAGAUAAAUUAUUUAAUAAUUAAUGUAAUCAAUUUGCUGACAGAUGGUGCUGCAGUGAAGUGCACUCCAUAGUGACGUUUAAGAAAUUGAAUACGCCUUAAAUAUAAAUGGACUAAUGGUGACAGCCUGACGAAAUGGCUGGUAAUCUGCUCCGUUUCAGAACUAUAGGUCUAUAAAUUGAAAAUUGAAGAAUACAGUUGACUUGCACACAAACAGGCAGCCACUUCUAGGAUUAGUAACCACUAACAGUGAGCCUUCCAUACAAUAGAGAAACAUGGACGCUCAUUCAGCUGUGGUUGGAAGGAUUGUCACUGCUGCUUACAUAGAAGCCGCAGCAGUGUUAGCACUAAUGUGGUAACACCUUCUGCUGCAUUACUGAUCCGACCUGCAUCCAAGAACGCAGUAUCGUAUCCUCCCCGCUAACAUCGGCUGGCUGCGUGACACAGGGGCACGCGCCGAAAGUCCUUCCUAGAGGCCAGGAAAAUCUUUGUCCUCUGACAGAGAUCCUGGCCUCAUCCCUCUUCUGUAACGGCAGUGACACAUCUCCACUUGGAGAAAUGGAGGCCCUCACCACCCCCUCGCCACCUAGCUUCUGCCUUCUUAGACUUGUACGGCACAUGCACAGUGCAGGUCCAACGCAUGAGCAAAGCUCCGAGCAUCGGUACUUUGCUCUAGACGCUGCAGGUCCAUUGGGACCUGAAUAAGGCCCAAUGUGACAUAUGCAACACAAAAACACAUUUGAUACCUUGAUCUGAAUUUUACAUAAACUGAUGGCAAAGAGCUCCUGUAAGCCAGUAGAUCAAAUGUUGCAAGCUAGGUGGUUCAUAGUUACAGUGGAAAAGGUGCCAUAUUUCCCCAUGCAGUAUAACAGCUGUUUUCAGACUCGAUACGGGUGCCCCAUUGCGUAGAAGUGGGCAGAUCAGAACACAAAACAAUGGACAACCUAUCGCAAUUAGAUGGUGGAGAAAGAGGGAGCUGUACAUUUGUAUGAUUCUUCAAAAGGUUGCUUAGAUUUUAUUAUCUACUACUUUGUUUAUAUGGGCAUCCCAGUUCUGGACAAUACCCUCCAUUCUUUGCUGAAGACAGGAAUUUUCUUAAUUUAAAAUCUGAUAUAGAUUUUAAUGUAUGCAAUACAUGCUAGGAAAGAAGCCACUGCCAUUCAUUCAGUUACCACAAUCACACAUGUUCCAACAUAGCAUACUGUACCUCCUUUCUUGAGAAUGGAAAAGACUGUGUUGGCGCUAACCCACCACUGUGCGCCCAAAGACACUAUCAGUUUAACAUUGGGCAUUGCAACAGCCAUGGUGAUGCAGAAUGCCCAUCUGAACAUAUUAUAACAUAGCUGUAUUCGCUGACCGCGACACGCCUGUGUCUGGUUAGCCACCACUCCUGUUACCACCUAGAAAUGCCCAUUGAAAUUCUUGAAUCUACGUGCAAUUUUGGUCGGCAUCUCGAGUGGUAACCGCAUACUUGCCUACUCUCCCGGGAUGGCCGGGAGGCUCCCGAAAAUCGGGUGACCCCCCCGGAAGAGCAGGCAAGUCUCCCGAUUCGCGGGGUACCCCCUGCCCGUCUGCCCACUUAGUGUGUAAAGUGGGCGGUCCAGGCAGUCGAUUACGCGAUUCUUGCUGAAUCGCGUCAUCAUAGCCACGCCCCCUGCAGUGUAAUGCCGGUGAUCGCGGCAUUACAGAGCGGGGGCGUGGCUUAAGGGUUGCGUCAUCGUGACCCGCCCUUACUCCGCACCCAUCCCGCCUACAGCCCACCCCCUCCCCUACGUCACAGCCUCCCCUGCCCGCCCUCUGAGCCAACCUGGCUGCUCUCUCCCGCAGAGAGCAGCCAGAAUGUCGGUAACUAUGGGUAACCGUCAGGGUGCAUGCGCAGUGCGGUCUGGACUCAUGCGCAGACUAAAAACCUCAGUCCUUUGUGUUUGAUGUCAUCCCUGAAUCCAGCCCAUUGCCCUUUCAAUCUAGACUAUAAGCUCUCACUAGCAUGGCCUUCCCUAUCCUUUGUCUUAUACCUGCACUUCCUUUGUCCACAACUUUAGUACUUGUUCUGUUUUUAUGGGGAAUUAUAUUUAGUAUGAUUUUUAACUUUGGCUAUCCGGGGCUGUCAGUCUUCUUCUCUGCACAUUCAGAAAUGGUGAAGACCGCACCGAUUAUGUAUUAUAGUGUCACAAGGAACAGGAAAGGCACCUACAAAAUAAGGAAACUUUUUCCAUAGUAGUCAAUAACGGGUGUAUUAUGGUUUGCCGGCGGUCGGGGUCCCGGCAACCAGCAUACUGGCGCCGGAAUCCCGACCACCGGCAUACCGACAGCUGGGCGAGCGCAAAUGAGCCCCUUGCGGGCUCACUUCGCUCGCCACGCUGCGGGCACGGUGGCGCGCCACGCUAUCUAUUCUCCCUCCAGGGGGGUCGUGGACCCCCAAGAGGGAGAAAAGAUGUCGGUAUGGUGGUCGCCGGGAGCCCGGCCACCGGCAACCUGAAGACCACCCGUCAAUAACUGUACUACUACUAUACAUAUAUUUAGUUGCGGUAGCUUACAGUAUGCUCUUUCCUAAGAGUAGUUGUCUUUGCUGGUUCUGGCAGAAUUUAUCCUUUUUUACUAGUUCCAUCUGCCCCGAUGCAUAUGCACAAUAUCCGGAGCUGUUCCAGCCUCCCUGCUGCACAUGCAGAGUAUCAGAUAGCAUUCCAGAUCUCCCACUGCCAAUGCAGAUAUCACUUCCAAUUCUGGUCCAUUAUUGUCAGCUCUGCGCGUAUAUACUAUAAUCCCAGUGUAAACUCUGUAUACAGCUUAAUAUUGUUUUCACACCAUCAGGAUAGACACUUACUAAAUACAACACUAUUAACACAGAUAUCAUUUACAGAGUAGAGAGUAUUGAACGACACCUGACAUGUAUGUACUGUAGGUAACGAAGGUAUAGUCAUGUCUUCACACCUAUCCUGGCACAUAGUAUGACAUCUUACACUGUGCAUUCAUUGUAUGUAUAAUAACUGCAACAACCCUUCACUUUUACUGUACAAUAUAUACUGUAUGUUUGAGACACUUUGUUUUCUAUAUUUGUUUUCUACACCACGGUUAUGAUAGUGAUAGAAGAAUAUUUUGUUUGGCUGAUGCCAAAGAAGAAAUCUGUAUAAACAAUAUGGCAGAGAUUUAUCAAGCCCUCUAAGAGGACAAGUGGUUGGGUAUCCGUAGCAACCAAUCAGAGAUUCUAGUUAUCAUUUUAUAAAAUGAACUGUAUAAAAGCUAGAAUCUGAUUGGUUGCAAUGGGCAAAACCACCACUGGUCCUCUUUAGAAGGUUUGAUAAAUCUCUCUCUAGGAGUAAAGUAAAUAGAUCAAGGUUUGGCAACCUGCUAUGCUCCAUCCAUUGUGGAACUAAAAAUCCCAGCAAGCCCUGUAUGGCAGGGCUUGACUUGCAGCUCGACAACAGCUGUAAGUGACACAAGUUGCCUAUCUUUGAUAUUGAUGUUUAAACACCUAUAAUUUCUGUGUGGCAAACUAUGUAUGUUUGUUUGUUUGUAUGUAUGUAUUAUAAAUAAAGAAUUGCUUUGGCACCCUU